GCGUCGCCUUAAUUAGCGGCCAAAAUGGCGGCGAGAGUUCGCACGCACCGAGGCUUGUUUUCGUCCGGUACAUUGGAGUACAAUGGGGCUCGUAAUCGGGGCCAAUUGAAUCGUCAGCGAGCGCCAUUGUCCGCCUCGCAAAGCGACAGAGAAUUACGUUUCCGCUUCGAGUGACAGUGUCACUCUCGAUGCUCGUUUCCGUCGCGUUUUCCACCCCGCGACGGACGAAAACAAAAUCAAUCGAUGCGGAAUGUUUUCGGCGUUGCCGGGCGUCUAAAAAUAGCCGCGACCUUGACUUCGAAGAUUUUGGUUCCCGCGGGUUCUGGCCGCUCGCCGCCCGUCCCGCGCGUCACCGAGAACGCCCGACGCGGACCCGAACGCCGCGCCAUGUUGGCCGCUACCGGAAUUCAUUGAAGCCGAACAGGCGUUCGACGCAGUGAUAGAAAGAGACGGGCGACGCCGUAAUUUUCUCGGCCUACUACUACGCGGACGGGCUCUCCUACGCCGGGCUUGAACUUUCUUACCCGAGUCGACCUGACGAGUAAUCGGCGCGACGCAGAGGCGCGCGGAGUCCGCCUCGAUUCGGUCCGCUGCUCAUAGUAAUCCCCACCCGCGGGUCGUAGUAGGCCGAACGUACGCACGCACGGACCUCUCAGUCGAGACGCGGCGCUGCCGGAUUGACGACGUUCGAACCACAGUUUCGCGUGAUUUUUGUGUCCGCCGCGACGACGACCACGACGUCCACACCACGACCUCGGGGCGGCCGAUUUCAGCCUACUAAGAUAUCAUAUUUAAGAGAAGACAACGUUUUAUCGUGAUACUGGAGCUGCAUCUACGUCAGGCCGGGAAAUUUUGGCGCUAACCUCGUAUAUAGUAGCAGGUAAAGGUACGCCAGCGUCGAUCGGUGAGCCGAUGAUUUCAGCAGGCAUCGAGAGCAGACUGCUAUACAUGACCUACCCGGAACCUUGGAGGAACCCCCCCAAGCAGCCGCCCGAGGUGUUCCUCAGGCCCGCCCCCAAACUGCUGCCGUCAGCCGCGAGGGGCUACAAUGGAGCGGGCGCCGCGACCACCUACCCCAACGGUACGAGGCUCGCGCCCUCGCGGCCGUCCGGCAAGUAUUCGUCGCCGCCCUCUUCGGCCGUCCCAGUCAACCUCGCCAAGGUCGACGAGCCGGACGAACCUCUCACCCCUUACUCCCCGUACCGGUUAUUCUCCCACGGACCGCAAUACUCCAGCUUCCCCUACUCGACGUUAUGCCAACAGCCGUACAUGAUACGCACCCCGAGCUUCCCCCCGACGCCCCUCAGUCCCCAGGACAUGUUCUCGCCGGGCACGCCCACCGCGAGCAGCACCGCCACCUUCCUGCCGCCACCGGCCGCCUACAGCCCGCCCUCCGGCGUCGCCAAGACCAAUCAGACGACGCCGCGGGAGAAGAACACGCCCACCCAGCUGGCCGGCUUCAAGGUGCCGUCGGGCAAGGAGGGCUCGAUGAAGCACCGCCUCCUGACGCGACCCGACGCCCCCCUCGACCUGCAGAAGGUACCGGAGGGCAGGAGGAGGCUGCAGGCGACCCAAUCGCCGCCCCGGUCGCCCAAGAGGCCGCCCAACGGGGCGGCGCGCAACUUUAACCGCGGCCAACUCAUCCAGUUGGCUAGCGGCGAAUUCAGGAAGGUCGAGGACAUGAGGACCGAGGAUUUCGUGCAGUCGGCAGAGAAGAGUCCCGCCCUCAGGCUGGCCGAGAGCACCGUGGUCAGGAUCGAGGAGAGGGGCGGGACCGGCGUCGUCAUCACGCUGACGUACGACGACCGGAAGGCUCAGGUCGAAGUCAACUCGAACCCGGAGCACCCGUACUUCGUGAUGGGCCAGGGAUGGGCCAGUUGCAACCCCGACCUCACGCACCAGUGUCACGGGCUCAAAGUGCACCGGCUCCACGUGGGGGAUGUGUUGGUCUCUCUCACGCCGAGAGAGACGCCUAACGCGUCCCAGGGCGGGGGCGCCACCGUCGUGACGACCGCGACGACGACGUCGAUGACCGCAAGGCAGUAUCCCGUCGCCGAAUGCGGCCCGUACGGCGACGAGGGCGCGAGGAAACGCCGCUGGUCGGCGCCCGACCAAAUUGGCGACGGGGACGCGUCGCCGCCGAAACGCCGCGCCGACUGAUGGCGCCGGUCGUUUUAAAACAUUAUCCUUGUAGAUACGUACACGCUAUCGUAUCGAGGUGUCGCUUUUUAUAUGAAUAAUUGAUAUUAUCGCCGCGAGGGGGUGCGCGCGCGCGAACGCCGCGCGGUCAGCGCCUGUCCCGACCGUUUAACUGUGCUGUCGUUGUUGUUAGGCGAAAAUUACGCGCGAUCGAUCGCGGCGAAACUCUGGAUUUCAUGACAAUAGUUGUCUCGGCGGGACGCGUUAGUUUUAGGGGGAUGCCGGCGCGUUGUCAAUGCGAAACGCGCGAUGGGCGAGAGCCCGUGUAAAGAUUUGAGGUUAGGGUCGCGCCGUGUAAUUAAUCGAUAAUAAGGAGUAUUAAAAGGGUGAUAAUAUCGUCUAGGUAAGGUUUUUAAUUUGGAGCUUGUGAGAGCGUGUCUCCGUGUCUCUCUCUCACUUCGAUCUCAGUCUCAAAGAAUAUUGUGUGAUAUAGGUAUGCUUUUUUUGCGACGCCGCCGAGGGGGCCCGGUAGUAACGGGGAGCCGCUUGAAGUCGACAGUUCUUGUUUUAUAUUACUUUUACGUGUUGAAUUCCUGGCUGUGAUACGGUAAAGUGUGCGGCGGACGCGGUCCGAGCUUUGGGUCUGUGCAAGGGGGGUUUCGGGGGCGUCUCUUUAACCCGCCGUCGUCUCUCUUUCUCUCUCCCGCGUCGCCUGAAACCUCUACCGACUAUAUAUAAACGACGAUGUAAUUUCGCGCGUAAGUAACGUCAUAUACCUCACUCGUGCUUUUUCCGUUAACAAUACCGUACAGUGGGAACCUUUGUAGCUUGUCGUUUGGCCUCCUGUGAUACGAGAUUUUGUUCCGCGGGCCUUUAAGGGCCGCGCGCGCGGGCGUCGACGUCCGGUCAACAGUCGACGACGGCAAACAUACGGGGAAAUUAGUUAGACAAUGAUUCGAAGUGCCUUUUCUAUGAAUGUAAACAAAAACCACCUUCAGAGAACUACGUUAUAUCGUAACUGUAGGAUCUGCGAGCAAAUCUAUUUAAUUAUAUAAAAGAAAAUGUCUACGACGAUAAAGAGCAAAAAAAAAUGAGAAGCUAUAUUACAGAGCAGAUUUGUUGUAUAGACAUAUAUAUAUAUAUAUAUUGUUUACGAGAUGUACAUGGUGUGCCAUUUUGUUAAAUUUGUGAGCCCUUUACUGCGGUACAGUCAGAAACCAAUUAAAUAUAUAUUAUA